CUAUCGUAUGAUAUAAUCAGUUGCAACAUGGCAGCCAAACUGAUCGUUGCUUUGGCGUGUAUCGCCCUGUGCCACAGUAGCCCCGCCCUUUUAAACGGUUUCGUAUACCGUGAUGGACGCGGCUUCUCAAUUGGCCGGGCCUAUUCCAAUGGUGGAAAGGCCGUUGGCUCAGCGACGAUCAAUGGCGGUGUCCACCAGGCGUACAGCAGCGCCUCUGCUGACGACCACCAAUAUAUCAGGAACCUUGGCUACGGAGAAAUCAUCCCCGCCCAGGUCCUCCCAGGACAAGCUGUAGCCAACGCCGAAGUUUACGACGGUCCUAACUCACCUCAAGUCGAAAUGGCCAAAGCUAUCGCAGAAGCCCAAAACAACCCCACAUACUACUACGAAAUCCCCGAACCAGCAACUAUUGUAUCAUAUGAACAGAACUUUGAAACUCCCACCCAAAUCAGAUACGAGUACCCCGCUGGACUCACUAAGGCUGAAUCCUCGGCUAUUCUCAACGGCGCUUCUGAAACAGCGAUCACUUCAGCCAACACCGAAGGCUCUGGUUCCGCUCAGUCCUCUGCUCAAACUCGCGGUGUCGGCAACUACGGUAUCACCGCUUCCAACGCUAACACUUACGGCCAAGGUUCCGCAUCCGCAAACGCUGAGAAGAACGCUUUCGGAUCUUCCAUCACCUCUGCUAAGACCCAAGGCUUCGGCGCUGCCAACUCCCGUUCUGAAGGCGGUCUCGGUUUAACCAGCGCUCAAACAAAGACCAACGGAGGCUUCGGUUCUGCUUCUUCGACUGUCAACAACGCCUAUGAAAGGGCUGUCGCUUCCGCUAACACGAACGGGUACGGAUCAGCCUCCUCCAACGCUGACAUCAACAACGCCGUAGCUUCCGCCAAAACAGCCCAUAAGGGUAUUUCUUGGCGCUUCGGAACCCUCUACGGCACUCCCUCUGGUAUCAAUCAGGCCCAAGCUAACAGCCAAGUCAACGGUGGAGUCGCCAAGUCAACCGCCCACUCUAACGGAGCCGCUCACGGAACCGCCGCGUCAUCAGCUCACACUAACGGCUUCGGUGCCGCCGACGCGAACGCCAACAUCAUCGGUGCUGGUAACGUCAACUCUGUCGCCAACAGCUACAACCAAGAAUUAGGUUUGGCCAAGUCUGGUGCGCUCACCCAGGGCCACGGAUCUGCCAACUCUGAAGCUAACACCGGCCUCGGAUCCGCCAAGUCUUCCGCCAACACUCUCGGUUUGGGUUACGGCAACGCUAACGCCAACGCUGACAUCAGCGCUGCUGGUUUAAAAUCGACCGCCAACACUAACGGAUACGGUUCGGCUUCGUCCUCUGCCAACAACGGAGGAUCUUACGGCGUCUGGAGAAACGCCUACGUCCCAUACGCUGGUUCCCGCACUGUGGCUAACGCGCAGACCUCCGGCCAGGGCUCUGCUACGUCAUCAGCCAACACACAAGGCAUGUACGCCGGCUACAGGGUCGUGAACUCUUCCGCCAACACCAAUGGCUACGGCACCGCUCAAGCGAAUGCUCAAAGCCUGUAAGUUAUUCGCUGCAAAGGCAAUAACAUCAAGACGACUUAAGAUCGAAUAUUGUUAAACUUGUCUUGGUGUAUUUGCAAGU